GGAUUAUUUUCUCUCUGCAGGCGCGGAAGGGCGUUGCAGUGGGAGGGGUGUGAGGCGGCUAAGAUGGCGGCGCCCUGUUGAGUGCAGUUGCUUUAACGGUGGUGCCUGGAGACUGCGUCGGUGGGCGGCCCAGGGACCCUGACAGCAGGCAGAGAGAGUGACAUCUGAAAGCCCCUCCCCUCCACCUCGGCCACGACCCCUACACCACCACCACCACCACCACCAUGGCCAGGGAACAGCUCAACGUGGGCGACCUGCUCCCUCUCCUGGAGACCUCUGAUCUCCAACAGCUUGAGGAAAUCAAAGGUCUCAUCAAUGAACACCUCAAUACAGAACGAGGGUCCGUGCUCCUGAAUGGCUUGGUGGAUUAUUUCCUGGAGACCAACUCGAGUCCAGCAUUGCACAUUCUUUGUUCAGUGAGGGAGCCACAUGACAAGCACCUUUUUGAUAAGAUGAACGAGUGCAUGGCUAAGCCGGCAUGUCGUCUGCCUACCCUCAACCUCCUGGGCCACGUGGUGCGCAAACAGCCGUCCUGGAUUCAUAAGAUCGCCCGCUACCCUCUGCUGCUCUCGCUGCUCAAGUGUCUCAAGACGGACACAGAUGUGGUGGUUCUCAUAACUGGAGUGCUGGUGCUUGUCACCCUGUUACCCAUGAUCCCUCAGGCAGGGAAGCAGCAUCUGUAUGAGUUUUUUGAUGUUUUUGGACGCCUGGCUGCCUGGAACCUAAGGAACCCAGGCCACGUUUCAGAGGUGUUCCUGAUCCACCUGCACGCCAGCGUCUACUCACUCUUCCACCGCCUGUACGGCAUGUACCCCUGCAACUUCAUCUCCUACCUGCGCUCUCAUUACAGCAUGAAGGAGAACAUGGACACGUUCGAGGAGGUGGUUAAGCCGAUGCUGGAACACGUCCGCAUACACCCUGAACUAGUGACUGGAACUAAGGACCAUGAGCUGGACCCUACCAGAUGGAAGAGGUUUGAGAUCCAUGACAUCGUGAUUGAAUGUGCCAAAGUGUCUCUGGACCCUCGGGAGGCAUCCUGUGAAGAGGGCUAUGCCACCCUGCCUGAGCACUUCUGUGCCAACCUGCACAUGCGUGCCCCUGAUUGCACUGCCAGUCCCUACACUGACCUGCACAGCAGUUAUGGAAGUUCAUCCUCCAAUCACUAUUCCACACCGCGGCAGUCUGUCCUUCCUCCUCUGCCGCUGUCCUCUCUCUCAGGGACACAGCUGGCUCAUCGCAGUCCCCCCAGCACCCACCGGCCGAGCUCUACAUGUGAAUUCAACUUCAUCUAUGGCGUUAAGGACACUCUCUGGAGCCCCUCUUCCCUCUGUGGGAUGGCCACCCCGCCUUCCUCAAGAGGAAUGUCACCGAACCCUGAGCUAUCCCAGAGUGCACUUCACUUAUCUGGUCGCUUUUACAGCACACCAGGAGGUGGUAAAGGCACCCCAUGUUCCAGCACUCCAGCAGCAUCAUCUCCUCCUCCCAGCCUCUCAGACGAGCUACCUUCUGCCUCCUUAACCCACAGUACGCCUAGCCUGCAGUGGAAGGAUAAUAGACCUGUAGACCCCACCAAACCACCCUUGCUGAGGCAGGAGCAAAUCAGAGAUCUUGAGAAAUCAGGGGGUGACGUGACCAAUCACAGAGAUGGCGGGGCUAAGAACAUGUCCAUGACACUGACCGAGUUAUCCGUCUACAUGAAGGAGCAGGAGCAGCUGCGGCUGGGCAAGGAGAGGGAGGAGGCUGCCAUCACAGAGGAGCUGAUGAAGCUGACCGAUGAGAAGCGGGACACAUCUGGCGCACGUGGCUUUGACUCUCCCUUCUUCCACACCACAGAGACUCUCACUGGUGCCCAAGAGAAGCCCCCACCAACUUUCACCCACCUCCGUGACCCCCACCAUGCUGUCUCCACGCCUGAUAAGAUCGACAUGCGGGCUUGGUGCAGAGGCCCAGGCAGCCGUACGGCGUCUCAGGAGCAGCCAUGGUCCUUCCAGCCACUCUUCACCCCAAUAGAACUGCGGCACCACAGCCCCAGCGCAGAGGAUGAGGCUCUGAAAAAUACACCACACUCACCCAGUCCAGGCACAGCACCGCCAUCACUGCCUUAUGAGGCUCUCUUUGACCUGGCACUGCCUCGUGCCGCUUCCCUGUUCAUGAGCCGCAGGAGCUCAGAGGCACUGGAGAGAGCGGCGAUGCAAGGCAUGGUGGGAGUGGCGGAUGAAGGCCAUGGAGUAAUGUCAGCAUCUCCUCUAGAGGUGCUUGAUCGCCUGGUGCAGCAAGGCAGUGAUGCUCAUGACAGGGUGCUGAAGCGAUUGCCCCUGCCAAGCAAGUCAGCUGACUGGACUCACUUUGGAGGCUCUGCACCUCUGGAUGAACUCCAGACGCUGCGCAGUCAGCUGCUGUUGCUACAUAACCAGCUGUUGUAUGAGCGUUAUAAGCGUGAGCAGCAUGCAGUGCGAAACCGCCGACUACUGCGCAGAAUCAUCAACGCCACUGCAUUGAAGGAACAGAAUAAUGCAAUGAAGGACCAGCUGAACCUGCAGUGUGUGGAUAUCAUGUCUCUGCGUGAGAGCCUACACAUGGAACAGCAGCGCUACAGGCAGCUCUGGGAUGAACGGGAGACUGUGGUCACGUGCCUACACAGUCAGAUCUGCCAACUUCAGCAGGAUCGCGAUGACUACUACACCAAAUACCAGGAGUUACAGAGUAAGAUGCAGGAGUGCCAGAAGAGGAUGGGGGAGAUGGAGGCUGAGCUACAGAAGGCGAAUAACAAGGUGUGCCAUACGGGGCACCAGCUGAAUCAGCUCACCACCAAGUUGUCCUCGAGUGAGAGCACACAGCAGCAGUUGAGCUUCAUGAGCAGACAGUUGCUGCUUUUGGGGGAAGCCCAUAAACUGUGUGUGCAAGAGCUUCAACAAGCAAGUCCAGACCUCAGCAAGGAGGUGCAGAUGGUGCAGGUGUCUUCGAUGAAGGAGGUGGAGCGGCUGAAGCAGAAUCUGCUGCUGCAGUGUCAGAAGCUGGAUGCGGCACAGCAGAGAGUGGCUGAGCUGGAGACGCAACUAUCCAAGAAAGAGCACCUCAUCGCAGAGCAGAAGAAGUUCCUGGAAGACGUCAAGGGACAGGCUAAGGAGGAGCUAAAGGCUUCUGAAAGUAGGUACCAAGCACAGAGGCGUGUGACUCAGGCCCUGCAGAUGGAGCUGUUGCAGCUCUACAGCAGGCUGGAGAUGGAGGCUCCCACUGCCACUGCUGUAGCUUCAUCAGCAGGGGAUUCCACAGACUGCUGCUGUCCCACACAGACCAGUGUGGUGGCAUCAGAUGGACCAAUGAAAACAGCCUCUAAAGAGUGUGGCAAGUCAUCGCCACACAGGAACGGCUUCUCAUCAGGUCAAGCCAAAGCCGGCUCCACUGACCCCAAGUCUAAGUCCUUAAAUGGCAGUCGAGCCACGCCCCCGCCCAUGCUGGUCGAACCACCCCCUGCUUGCCCUGUGGUGCCCUCCUCCACCCCCUCCCUCACCGUUGGCUCCUACCCCAGUGCCAAGAGCUUCCUGGGCAUGCGGGCGCGGGAACUUUUCCGCAACAAGAGCGAGAGUCAGUGUGACGAGGAUUAUGCUCCCCGCCCACAGCUCACUGGCCUAUCACAGGGCCUGAAGACUGAGCUCUGUGUGGAGCCUUCAGUAAAGACUGCAGUAAAGACAGGCCCCGCCUCUUCCACACACGGCCAUGCCUCCAGCAUGGCUGCUAAAGAGCCUGAUGUCUUACAGAGAGCAUCAAAACGGGAAGCAGGAUGGCCGAGACAGCAACAGCUACAUAUCAUGGACUAUAAUGAAACUCAUCAGGAGCACAGCUAGAGAGAGAAAAGCAAGUCGCUAGUAGAUGAAGGAAGCUGCAAGCUGACAUCGGAUUACGCAGGACUCUUUUUUUUUUUUUUUGAUUUCAGUGUUCAUCCUUCUUCAAGUGGACAACAGGAUUUGGAACUUUCAGCUCAUGUUUCUCGUCUCCAAACUGGAUCGGGGCCAGAAUUCAAGUGUCUUCCUGUGUAGAGAUAAAACCUUUCUUUAUUUUCUCCCUCGUUUUCAGUCUUACAAAACCUUACAUCAAAUUAGCAGUAUCAUCAAUGAGUGCCAGUCGAUAGUACAGUGUGGAGUGGAGUGAUUUUGGGGUUACGAGUGCCUCCACAGUGGGACAGUGUGAUAAGAGAACGAUUGGCCUUCUUGUGUCAAGGAGGAGCAACAGUGUGUUCUUGACCCCUUAAAGAACUUAACCUGAAACCAGCUGAUUUUUUUUUAUGUGCCGAAAUCAUGCAUAUCGCAUGUGUAAAAGAAGGAGAGAAAGUGUUUUUUUUAUAUUACUAGAGUUUUAAAAUUAUUUAUUUUUUUGUCUUUUUUUCUCCAUGAUGUCCCAACUUUUGCAAAUUGUUUUUGCUAAUUUAGAAGUAUUAACAUCCGUGAAAUGCAAGAAACAAAACCCACGAUUUUAACAAGUUAAAAGCAAUGCCAGUUCAGCCAAGACCAUACCCGUAUCUGUCUUAGUGUCAUAUAGAGUUUUUCCACAGCACAGCAAGGUAAUUCCACCAAGAGUCAAGUUUACUUUGCUAAGUAUCCAUGCUCAAUAUAGUUACCCUUCUUCCCCAGAUAGCAUUCGUUUCGAGCCGGGAGCCCUCAGAGACCUCUGAUUGGUCAAACAGAACUAGUCACAGAAUCGUCCUGAUAAUAUCUCUGUAAUCACUUUCCAAUGGCCACAUUCUCUCUCUCUCUUUUAACAUUUUAAAUCCAUUUUCAAGUUCAAUAUGAAUCUCAAAUAGUUUUCUUUUCACCGUGUGCUCACUACACAGCGUAUAACACUGAUGGCAUGCACUUCAGGCAUAAAACAAAGCCAUUUGUGAUUCUGCCAUAGAAAAUGUAUGACUCCUUGCAUCAUCUGAUAACAUUAGUGAUCAACAUACGCUCUAUUUUUAGCGAGAUUAAAGUUUUGGCACCCUUGGCUUUGUUUGGGUCGACGCUGCCAUUACAUCAAACUGGCUGUGUCUUACACUCAAUUUUGAGGGAGACAGAUUUGACGAUGCAACACAUUUCACCAACAAACUAGAUGCCCAAAAAUUAAUUUGUGAAUUUUAACCAGUAUUUUAUUGAAUGGUACCCAUUCCUAGUCACCUGAACCUGCAGAACUCCAAACUCCUAGUACUCUCACGGUUAAUGUUAUGUGAACUAAAAUCAACACGGGUAUUCAGCCAGGAUGUGGAUAGUACUAGAUUGAGAUUUGGUGCCGAGCCAAAGUUCCAAGCUGUCUUACAGAAAAUCGCUAAUGUUAACCAACCAUGAAGGCAUUUACACUCUUACAUCUCUUAUUUUUACAACUAAAAUAUGUCCUGGUUUGGGGAUAUUAUCAGGCCUUAAUCUGAGAAAUAACUCUUAUUGGUUAAAAAAAAAAAAAAAAAAAAAAAAAAGUAUUAAUCAGUAUAGGUAUACUAACACUUCAAUAACAUACUUCACAGUUCAGUCAGAACCUCUCUGGUUUAUAAUUCUAAAGUGCAGGCAAACUGCUGAGCCCAAUAAGUAUUCCUUGUUAUCUGGUUAGGUCUCGUAUUUUAUUACAGUUUUCAUAUUUAAAAUGCUGGUGGCAAAAAUCAUUGCACUAACAUACAGUUUAAGAUGUUCUCAUGAUACACAAAAUAUGUAUUAUUAUUUAGGUUUGCUAAGAAAGUGCCAGCAAAACUAGUAUUGCCAUGUUUAUAAAAAUUAUUUUUUUUGUGAUCAGUCUUCAGGUAUAUAGUUUUUUGAAUGUCUGCAAAAAUCAGUAAUUCAGCAAAGAAAGGGGAAUAACAUCCAUUUGAACAUCCAGUGAAUGGAAUAAAAAAAAAAAAAAUCAACAUUACCCAUGAUAUUCAGAAAAAUAGAAUAUAAUUUAUCACAGUAUAAAUAUUAUGUCAUAGUGUUGCCCAAAUCCAAAUGAGAACUAAUCAGAGGUCAUUUGCUUACAUUUCAAUCAGUUUUGCCGGAGCAAAUUGAUACUUCAGUCCAGUAAAACUGACACAGAUGAACGCCGUUUCACUCAGUAUACCUGUGUUUCAUACGUUUACUGUAAUUUUGUCUUCAAAAUACCAAUUUUCAGCCAGACAUUACUCCAUGCCGGUAUUUUAGUGCACUAGAAACGUUUUAUGUUUGCUUAAAGUUUUAAUAUUCUCUGUGUUUUCAUAUCACAUUCAGAUUUUAAUGAAUGCACACAAGACAUACAUCAGUUUCAAUUAGACAUGUGCCAAGUAAGGAAUAAAACACUUUGGGGCAUGAUGAUGGAAAAUAAUGCCAUGUCCCAAAAUGUUGUAUUUCUUUUAUACCACAGCAAUUUGCCAACUGUUACAGGUUUUAUUCAUUAACGAACACAUUGUAAUUUUAGUUUAUAGUUAUAGUUACAUUUAAUGUUGUGGAAAGUCCACAAAACAAGUUAGUUCCUGUUCUCAUUUACGUUACAGCAGCUGUAAAGUCGUUUCCUUACCUCUUAUAUCUCUCUUGAAGUUAAUAAGAUUUAAAAAAUGCAGCACACCAAGUCCUCUUUCCUGAAGACUUUGCAGUGGCGGAAAACUACAGACUGUUACUAAUACUGGAGACUCCUUUCAUCUUAUUCCUUCCAUCAUUGUUUUUUUUCAUACUUGUUUGUUUGCUUUGUUUUUUUUUCUUUCUCUCCUUCCUUUCUGUUUCUUUCAUGCUUGUUUUCUUUCUUUCUUUUAUUCCUUAAAAAUCAUUCAGGUUUUCUUUUAUUGUUUUUUUUUUUUGGUUUGUUUUUCUUUUGCUUUUUCCAUGACCCAUUCUCUUUUUUCUUGGUUGCUUUUUUGUUUUCUGUUGUUUUUUUUUCUUUCUUUCUUUCUUUCUUUCUUUCUUUCUUUCUUUAUCAGUGAUUACAUGCUCUUCUCUGUUAAAUAACACUUUUAAUCAGUUUAUUAUUAGUCUUGGAUUGUGUGGAGUGUCUGUUAUAAACCAGUUGUAACUAGGCUGUAGAGCUGCUGUUACAUAAAAUUAAUCAACACCUUCUGAGCAAUCAGAUUUGAAAAUUCCACAGCACUGUGGUAUAGUGAUAAAUGAUUAUAAUCACUAUAAUUUUAUCACCAUGUAUGCUAUUAAGAUAAAGGCCUGAGUAAGUGAUGCAUUGAUGUUGCCUUCAGUCUUGCCCAGAAACGCUGGAACACAGGGGUGUUGACGAUAUUUUAAGGUAUCCAUGAAAACAAUGAUUUGUGUUUUGAUUAUCGGCACAUGCCUACUUUCAAUUUCUGUCUCAUCCAGUAUGAAUGAAUGAACGGUCUUGUCUGUGUUUUAUUGGAAGUUUGCUAAAUCAAUAAUGGCUACAGCACAGUCACAAAGGCACGGGACAGCACACGGACGUGCUCUAACACCGGGCACGAGGUCACAUCUGUAAGUGCUGGUAUUUGCUGUAGUAAUGACAUGAUGGUGGACUUUGUGUCUCUGUUUGAACUGCAGAAAUCCUGUUGUCCUCUUGACAUCUGCUGUCAUCCCUUCUGCCUUGCUAUCUACAGCAUGUACAACUUUAAUGCCAACAGGAAGUGACACAGCGAGAUGGACGGUACAAUCAGUGAGCUGAAUGGAGCAGGCCAGUUGGACCUCCUGUUAUGGAGGAGGAAGUUCAUAAAGUAUAAAGCAUUUGCUUGUGUUGACUGUGAAAGAUGAAAAUAAAAUCGUCAUGUUUUGCACUAUA